AUGAAGGAGUUUAAUGAUGUUAUUAAUGAGUUGGAAUUGAUUGACAGUCCUUUACAUGGGAGGAAAUUUACUUGGUCAAAUAAGAGAAUGUCUCCUUCUAUGGCUAGGUUGGAUAGAGUUUUUUUCAACUCUGAUUGGGAAGAUAUUUUUCCUUUUUCUAAACAGCAGGGGCUUAGCAGUCAAUUAUCUGAUCAUGCUCCCAUUAGUUUUGAUUUUGGGGAUACUCAAUGUUAUGUUAAAAAGUUCAGAUUUGAAAAUAUUUGGUUGCGAUCUGAAGAGUUCAUAAAUAAUGUGCCUGUUUGGUGGAGAUGUGCUCCCUCAAGUGGUUCUGCAGCUAAGAAUAUAGUUGGGAAACUCAGAUUUAUGAGGAAAUGUAUAAAACAAUGGAUGCAUUCAAAUUUUCAUAGUGUGAGACAACAAAAGAAAGAUUUAUUAGAUAAUCUUUUAACUUGGGAAGUUUUGGAGGAGAAUAGAGAUUUGUCUGAUGAUGAGUUGAUCAAAAAAAAUAACACUGUUUUACAGCUGAAUGAAAUCUUAUUACAAGAAGAACGAAUGUGGAAACAGAGAUCUAAAGUACAAUGGUUAAAAGAGGGGGAUCAUAACACUAAGUACUUUCAUAAAAUUGCCAAUGGGAGAAAGAGAAGUAAUUUGAUUUCUUCAAUUACUUAUAAUAAUGUUGAAAUUAGUUCUGAAGAUGGUAUAGCUCAGAUUGAUUGGGGGCCCAAUGAUAUUGAACAACCUUUUUCGGUUGAAGAAGUUCAUAAAGCCAUUUUUGAUAUGAGUGGGGAUAAAUCCCCUGGUCCUGAUGGUUUUUCUGCUUUAUUCUUUCAAGUGUUUUGGGACAUAGUGAAAGAUGAUAUUAUGAAGCUGUUUGAGGAAUUUUAUGAAGGUUUUAUUAAAAAUAGAUACUUGCUUGAUGGGGUCGUUGUAGCUCAAGAGAUUAUCAAUGACUGUUUUCAGAAUAAGAAAAGAGGGGGAAUUUUAUUGAAGCUAGAUUUUGUGAAAGCUUAUGAUAUGCUUGAUUGGAAUUUUAUUUUAGAUGUUCUGAAGGCAAAAAAAUUUGGGGAUAAAUGGGUGAAUUGGGUGAAAUUAUGCUUACAUGGGGGAUGGUUUGGCUUUGCUCUUGAGAAUGAUGAAUCUUUACAACAGGGUUUGGCUACUAUGAUGAAUUGUAAAAGUGGUAGCUUUCCUAUUACUUAUCUUGGGGUGCCCUUAAGACCUGGGAAAUUAAAAAAAGAUGAUUGGUCUCCUCUGAUUGUUAAAAUUGAGAAAAGAUUAGCUUUAUGGAAAGGAAAUUCCUUAUCACAAGGAGGUAGAUUAGUAUUGGUUAAUGCUGUUCUCUCCUCGAUACCAACUUUCUGGCUAUCUUAUUUUUUAUUUCCUUUAUGGGUUAUUGAAAAAAUUGAUAAGAUGAGAAGAAGAUUUUUAUGGAUUGGUUCUUUGGAACAUAAAGGAUGUUCAAAUUUGGUUAAAUGGGAAGAAGUGUGCAAACCAAAAAAGUGUGGUGGUUUGGGAGUUAAAAAUUUGAAGGUAAUGAACAAAGCCCUUUUAGGAAAAUGGUUAUGGAAAUGGUUUGAUGUACUCGAGUGGAGAUUGGCAAUGGAAAUUAUGCUUUAUUCUGGUUGGAUAAAUGGUUCUAAAGAGAUUUCUGCUCGAGCUGCUAGGUUACAGGAAAGGAGGAGAAAAAAAGCUGCUGGGAGGCUUAAUAAUGAUGGCACAACUGCUGGCGGGAUGGCUGAGCUCCAAGUGAUCCAGUUGGAAUGA